CAAGAGGGAGUCCCAUGACAAUGACAAGAAAUUAGAAAUUAUGAUCCCACACUCAGCCUCAGCCCUCAUCUGAUUCCCUUUCUUUUCUUUUCUCUACUCUUCACCUCCUUAUAAUAUCCUCCCUCUGUGUCUUUACUGGUUCUCUCUCUCUCUCUCUCUAUAUAUAUAUAUAUACAUAACAUCACUUGCAUUCUCCUCCCUCGUCUCCUUCUUCUUCUUCUUCUUCUGGGAUUGUAAAGAAGCAGCAGCAGAUUAUGAUUGGUUACUUGCCUCUUGGGAUGCAAGUUGUCAUGAACUUGUUGCGCUAGUUCACAUUGGACAAGGAGAAAAUGAUGAUGCAAGGAGAUAUUGAUCUGAAUCCAGUUCAAUUAUAUACAGAUUCAUUUAAAGAAGUUCUAAAGCAUACAAUGCUCAAUCAGGAUGUUGUAUUUAGGAAUCAGGUCCAUGAGCUCCAUCGGCUAUACAGUGUACAGGAAUCAUUAAUGAAUGACUUUGAUUGGAGAAACUGUAAUACAUGCAAUUCAUGGAAUCCAAAAGCUCAGUCAUCUUUCCUUCUUACAAAUCCUACAAGAUAUGAACCACCAGCAAAAGAUAUUAGAUUCUCCUCCACUGCCAAGGUGGACUCAAUACCUUUCAUAAGCCAGGAGUUGUCAGAGGAUUGCCAUGGUACAAAUAAUAAACUGCAGCACAAGCCUCUUGAUCUUCAACUUUCUGCUGAUGAAUUCAUUGACCAAGUUGAGAAGGAUUUUCUAAAGAGAGGGAAUUUUCAAAAUUGUUUAGAUGAUCUUAGAGACACUAAGCUUCCUCUUUCUAGCAACUUUUCAGAUGCAGUGGAAUUGAAGCUUUCCCUUAGCAUUGGAGGGAAUGCUAGAAUAAAGGGAGAUACAACUAGAACUUGUUUCACUAGGAAAAGUUAUUCCUACUCUCAAAAUGUAAUUGAUUUGGAAGAAUCAGUUGGGAGGAUACCAGAUGGGGAUGCAAAAUGCCCUCCAACUCUUGGCCAUUUCUUUGUGGAAACUCAUUCUAAGAGCAAGCAUGAACGACAAGGUUAUACUUUCUCUAAUCCUGUAAUUUCAACCAGUGUGAAUAAGGAUCUAUCUAAUGAGAUUGCAGAAAGUAGCUCUAUGCAUAGUGAAUGCUGUCAAGUCCAGACAUUUUCCAGUGAAGGAAUUAGAGAUUUCCAUGAUGAUGUUCCACCUGAUGAUCAUUCCACCCCAAUGGAACAGUUCACUUCAGAACUAGGAGGCCAGUUGGACCUCAACAAAGUUCAUCUGGAUGACUCAAUUUGUUGCUCAGAUGAUAACAUGCCUGCCUGUCCUCCAAUAUCAAACUCCAAAGAUGGUCCUGAUGGAUGUACCGGCAGCAUGCAGGAUGGAACUUGUCCAAGCACAUUUCGGAUAAAAGAACCCACUGAGCAAUCAAAUGAAUGUUCUGAAGAACUUGAUUGCUGCAGUGGAGAUGAAAAGAGUGGCAAUGUUGAGCUGAAGCCAAAAUUUGCUGGAGAAGUGAGUUAUGAGAAGAGUGAGGUAGAGAAUGCUCUUGUUUCAUGCUCUCAUCAAAAUCAAAAUACUUUUCUAGAAGAACAUGGUAACGUAUCUCCUGCUUCCUGGAAGUCCUGCAUCUCUUAUAAUGAUUCAAGUACUGCAAAGAGAAAAUAUUCUGGCAUUACAUCCUGCUUAGGAUCACAACUUGUUGAUGCAUUAACAAGUGAGCAUGACGAAAGAAUUUCUGACAGCAGUGACCUUAAAAAUGGCAACUACGAGAAAAAAGAAGUAUCAGCUCAAGUAGAUGUUUUUAUCCAACAAGCAGCUGAAUUGCUCAUCCAUAUAUCCUCAGACCAUUCAGCUUGUGAUCAGGUUUCUUUUACAAAAGUGGGAUUAAAGGAUAUGGAAGAUGGCAAGAGGGAGCGACCACAGUGUUCUUUAGAUUCUUUUGAGUUAAUUACUUUAAAUCUAGCGGAAAGCAAUAUGGAUGACAAUUCUGUAUCAUCAAAGCCAUUUGAAGUAAAUGACAUGGAAUUAAAAGAUUUUGGAUUGAAGUUAAAGAGGGGAAGGAGAAUGAAAGAUUUCCAGAGAGAGAUACUACCCAGUCUUGCAUCUCUUUCUAGACGCGAAAUUCUUGAAGAUAUCAACAUUAUGGAGGGAGUUUUGAGAUCCAGAGAGUACCGAAAAUUCAGAGCCAAGACGGCAGUCCACGGAGAGAACCGGUCUUCACCAGUGAGAAUUAGAAGGUCAAGACUAGGUUAUGCUGGAAGAAAAAAUAUUUCAUAGUUCAAUUAGAAUUUGAUGAUAGCAUCAUAUCUGAAAGAUAAAUGCAUUACGGUUCUGUAUCCUAUCAUUGCUAACAUUGUUUGUUGUGAUUUCCAAGCUUCAGAAAUUAAAAUCAAUUACUUUCA